GCGUGCGCUCACGCUAUGGCCCUCAUAUGACAGGAGCUUCGUCGGGACACAGCGAACGAAUCCCAGUCCUCAACCCAGCGACCGGCGAUGAACUUUGCGUUGUUGAUUCCGCAUCUCCCUCCGAUGUCGUGAAAGCGGUAGUAAAUGCCGAAGACGUGUAUAAGGCAGGCCAAUGGAGUAGAUCACCAGCAGUCUAUCGCUCCCGUAUCUUGUCAAACAUUGCCAGAGCGCUUGAAUCGCGCGUUCCAGACCUUGCUAGAAUCGAAACCCUGCAAACGGGCAGGACCAUCCGCGAGAUGAACGCACAACUACGGAGAUUGCCUGAAUGGCUAGACUACUACGCUGCCCUGCUACGUACACAUGAAGCGACCGUCGCCCCUACACAAGGGAAAUUGUUGAAUUACGUUCAGCGCAUCCCUCUUGGUGUCGUAGCCCAAAUUACCCCAUUCAAUCACCCACUCUUGAUAGCGCUCAAGAAGAUCGCACCCGCCGUAGCCGCUGGCAACAGUGUGAUAGUAAAACCUUCGGAACUUGCGCCAAUCACCUUGCUCGAGUUUGCUGCGCUUGCUGAAGAAGCUGGUCUCCCGGCCGGUGUCUUGUCAGUUCUUCCAGGCCGCGGCGCAACAGUCGGAAAUGAAUUAGUAUCUCAUCCGUCCAUCCGCAAAGUUGACAUAACAGCUGGCACGAGUACAGGUCGUGCGUUAGGUGGCAUUGUAGGCCGUAACUUGGCUUCAUAUACUGCGGAAUUGGGAGGCAAGGCACCAAUCGUGGUCUUCGACGACGCCCAUAUUGACAACGCUGUUAACGGGGCAGCGUUCGCGUCCUUCAUCGCCUCGGGUCAGACAUGCGUCUCCGGAACUCGAAUCAUUGUGCAAGCGGGUAUCUACAAUGAAUUCCUGGAUCGUUUCUUGGAGAAAACCGAGAGCGUUCGGAGAAGAAUGGGCGAUCCUCUCAACCCAGCGUCAUCUAUGGGAACGGUGAUUUCGGUCCAUCAUCUGUCUCGAAUUGAAGCCAUGGUCCGACGCUUUAAAGCAACCGGGAAUGGGCAGAUUCUCACUGGAGGAGAGCGCCUCGGUGGCAAUUCGGUCUUGGAUGGCUUUCAAUUUGAACAAGGCGCGUUUUUCCCGCCGACGGUCAUAUCCGAUGUCGAAGUAGAAGACGAACUAUGGCGGGAAGAAGUAUUCGGCCCCGUCGUUGUCGUCAAGCGGUUCGGGAGCGAGGAUGAAGGAAUUGCCUUGGCCAACAAUUCGAAAUAUGGUCUCGGUGCUGGUAUCUGGACAUCGGAUUUGUCCCGCGCACACCGCGUUGCUGCAGACAUCGAGGCUGGAGUCGUCUGGGUGAACACCCAUCAUCGCAAUGAUCCUAGCUCUCCAUGGGGCGGCAUGAAGGAAAGCGGCAUCGGUCGUGAAAACGGUGUAGAAGCGUUUCAUGCUUACUCUCAAAGCAAGUCGACGAUCAUCAAUAUCGCUUCAACGGAGGAGAGUGCUCGGACAGAUGAUUGGUUCUCAGAAGCAGGCGCCGCCAGAUACGGGUGAAAUACAAGCUGCCAUCAUUGUACAUCAUGUCAUGUAGCGUUGAAUCGAUUCCGACUCCC